GAGGGAACAAAAUCGCAUGAACCAAUAUUUGCUCUGUUUUUCGCUGCUCAGAAAUGUACGGCCACUAUUUAAAAUACAAGAAGGUGUAGAGAAUUUGCGUAUAUUCUACGGUAUUAGAGCGUUGGGCAUGCUAUGGAUUAUUCUCGCGCAUUUGUUCAUAUUCGGGUUUCAUGUUAUGGCUAACAAAUCGCUUUACUACAUGAUGGACGGUGAAAUACUCAUGGAAAUAAUAAAUAAUCCCACGUUUUCGGUGGACACGUUUUUCUUUAUGAGUGGUUUUCUGUCGUCUUAUAUUUUUCUCAAGGAACAACAAAAAAUGAAGGGAACACUGUCUAUAACAGAAAAGACGAAAAUGUUCUUUCAAAUAAUUAUGAAGCGAUAUAUUAGGCUUACACCUGCAUAUUUCGUCGUUAUACUGAUAGCGAUAUUAAAUUUCACCUGGCACGAUCAUGUCUCAGCACUUCUCCCCUUUGAGCAUCCAAGUGCUAAGUGUUCCAAAUAUUGGUGGACAAAUAUACUUUACAUAAACAACUUCUACCAUUGGGAUGACCUAUGUCUCACAUGGAGUUGGUACUUGCCCAAUGAUAUGCAGUUCUUCGUAUUUGGUAAUUUUCUCCUAAUAUUAUCGAUCACGCAUUACAAUAUUGCCAUUGGCUUAGGCGUUUUUAGCUUAGUUUCAUCGAUAGGAUCAGUCGCUUAUAUGGGGUACACUCUUAAUUACGAGCCUACGUUGGAUGAGCAAUAUAAGACACUGACAUACUUUUAUAUACGACCGUGGUGUAGAAUAUCUCCUCAUCUCAUAGGAAUGGCUACAUGUCACCUUCUUAACAAAUGCAACUACGAAUUACGGUUAUCAAAAAAAUUCUUAGUCCUUGGUUGGACUAGCACUAUGCAAUAUCACCAAGAAUUGCCAUACGACGAUUUGGUGACACUUGGACUUUGUCUACCGGCUUCCUGCACCAAACACGAUGUAGCUACAAUGCUAGAUAAAGUCAUCCAUAAUGAAACUCUUUUCAUUGGAAAACUUUUUGCCAUAAACUUCAGACUCCUCGAAGUCACUGAUUUGGUGAAUGAUUAUCAAUGGCUUCUCUCUUUAAAGAUAAUCUCCAUCAUAGGCGUUUUGGUGUUGUUGUGUACUAUCGUUAUAGGGGCCACGGUAUACGAUAUUUCCGCCCGUCGAAACCGUGUAAACAGCGAAAAGGAAAUCGUUGCGCUUAAAAAUGGAAAUACGAAGGAAUUGGAGGACGUGAGAAAAGUAAAAUGCAAAGCCAGUGACGAUGAAUCGGCACUCUUAGAAUCAAGGCAACAAAAUCACAUGAAUCAAUAUCUGCUCUGUUUUUCGCUGCUCAGAAAUGCACGGUCACUAUUUAAAAUACAAGAGGGUACAGAGACUUUGCGUGUAUUCUACGGUAUGAGAGUGUUGGGAAUGCUAUGGAUUAUUCUCGGGCAUUUGCUCAUGUUCGGGUUUCAUGUUAUGGCUAACAAAUCGCUUUACUACAUGAUGGACGGUGAAAUACUCAUGGAAAUAAUAAAUAAUCCCACGUUUUCGGUGGACACGUUUUUCUUUAUGAGUGGUUUUCUGUCGUCUUAUAUUUUUCUCAAGGAACAACAAAAAAUGAAGGGAACACUGUCUAUAACAGAAAAGACGAAAAUGUUCUUUCAAAUAAUUAUGAAGCGAUAUAUUAGGCUUACACCUGCAUAUUUCGUCGUUAUACUGAUAGCGAUAUUAAAUUUCACCUGGCAUGAUCAUGUCUCAGCACUUCUUCCCUACGAGCAUCCAAGUGCUAAGUGUUCCAAAUAUUGGUGGACAAAUAUACUUUACAUAAACAACUUCUACCAUUGGGAUGACCUAUGUCUCACAUGGAGUUGGUACUUGCCCAAUGAUAUGCAGUUCUUCGUAUUUGGUAAUUUUCUCCUAAUAUUAUCGAUCACGCAUUACAAUAUUGCCAUUGGCUUAGGCGUUUUUAGCUUAGUUUCAUCGAUAGGAUCAGUCGCUUAUAUGGGGUACACUCUUAAUUACGAGCCUACGUUGGAUGAGCAAUAUAAGACACUGACAUACUUUUAUAUACGACCGUGGUGUAGAAUAUCUCCUCAUCUCAUAGGAAUGGCUACAUGUCACCUUCUUAACAAAUGCAACUACGAAUUACGGUUAUCAAAAAAAUUCUUAGUCCUUGGUUGGACUUUGGCAAUUCUAUGUAAUUGCUCGAUUCUAUUUACACCCGUGAACCAUAACACGUCCUUAAACUUAGCCAUUCUUUCUUUGGCCCUCAGUAGAACGGGCUGGGCACUGGGUAUAGCCUGGCUGGUAGUUGUAUGCACUACGAACCAUGCUGGUAUCGUGAAAAAAAUCUUAUCGCUAGAUAUUUUUGUUGUUUUGAGUAAAUUGACGUAUGGUGCUUAUCUUCUAAAUCCUAUUCUUAUACUUUCGGCUUUUUCUUCAAGUUAUUAUCCUUUCUACGCUGAUAACGUCACCAUUGUUACCCUGUUCGUUACAAUGGCUGUUUGUAGUUUUAGUGCUUCUAUUCUCUUAUACGCAACAAUCGAAAUGCCGUUUAUGCGAUUGUAUAAUAGUGCACGAAGAGAAGCGAAGCAACAUAAUUCUUCCUGAAUUCUUCGCGUUCGUUGUAGAUGUAUUUAUGAUGGUGAUUAUUAUAACAAACAUAUAGCAAUAUACGGGAAAUGUUCCAAAUACCUGUUAAAUAUAAAGAUUUUUUAAAUAUACAAAAGUAUAAGUGAAACGAAAAUCGUGAUUAGAAAGUGUGCGUUAAACUCAAACGCAUUGAGCACCUGUCGACUUAUUCGACACACGCAGUCGAUGAACUACAAAGAUACCGGGUAUCUAUUCGCGUCGCUGUAAUGUUCGUGAGUAUGAUCGUUUCUUUAAAAUGUGUUUUUAGAGUUACAUAUCAUUUUCGUCGCCAUGCAUGAAAUUUAUAGGUAAAGCUAAGCUAUUUCUUCUUUACGUAAGCACUUAUAUAAGUACUGAAAAACCUUUCAUGAUUUUGUAAUAUGGAUGUAAUAUUAUCAUGGCAAAAACUGUGAGUU